UGACGAGUAUUUACUUACAAGUAAAGUGUAACGAGUAUUUAAACUCCAAGUAAACCGAUGUGAAUAAAGCGUCGAGUUUACUUGUGACCGUGUACUCGUCAAUCCGAGGGUUUACUAGCAAGUAUUUACUCGCGAGACAACUGAAUUCACAAAAAAGGCAAGUAAAUACUUGUAGCGCCACACAGACUACGCAUCAUUUACUGUUGUGACUUGUUCUGUUUUCGCCUAACGUUCUGUUUUCGCCUAAACUGACCUUGACUCCCCGUCAUUACUCACAAGUCAGUUGUCGUUCCCGUUUGUUUUUAUCCUCUUGCAGCUAUGGAUGAAAGUAGUGUGACUUCGGGUUGUGACAAUAGAGCUAUUUUUGUAGCGUUAUUGAAAGAAUUUAGUGUUGUGCUAAAUAAAUCCAUGUUGCCUAAAGUUGCAUCUGCUAAAGAGAAGGCAUGGGGAUGUUUAGUCGACCAAUUUUCGAAAAAUGUUGGGAAGCAAACUAGUGUUGGACAGUUAAAAAAGCUAUUGAACAAUAUGAAAACCGCAGUCAAGAAAAAAACUGAUGUCAACGCAACUGGAAAUAAACCAAUAACAUUGUUGUCAUGGGAGGCAGAUUUCCUAAAAAUUUGCGAUUCAAACGAGAACCCAGUUUAUUGCAAAAUACCUGGGGCUUCAUGCGUUGGAUUGGGAGCAAGUUCUACAUCUGAACUCAAUGAGGAGAAUGAGAAUAGGGAAGACGAAGAUGACCCCGUUGACAUGUUAGCAUCAAACCAGCCCAUCACACCAGUGACUUGCAUACGUAAGAGCGAUGCGACGAAGUUGAAAAAAGAUAAGAAAUUGAAACUCUCAGCUGAAACUGAAGAGACGUCAAAGUUGACAACUGGUGAGUUGCAGCGUUUAUUAUUACUUGAACAAAUUAAGCUAACAAGACUUCAGGCUGAACGUGAACAACUGAUGAUAACGGAGUUGAACCUAAGAGCUGCACAACACAGACGAACGGAGUCCGUUGAACAACGCGUUGUGGUUGAAGAAGACGAUGUCUUAAAGAUUUUUUGUUAUUGA